AUGUCCAUGCAAGGCCUGGUCUCAACCAGUGCUGCUUCGCACGACAGCCCCGAUGAUCCCGACCCCGACGUCGAUGAAGGAACGGAUCCCUCACUCUCCACCCAUCGAGCGACGUCCGAUCAUGAGGAAAGCCUGGAUGGGAUUGUCACGCGAAAGCUGUCAGCUGCAGCUCUGAAAGAUGUCAUCUACAACAAACUCCUCAGUGGCUGUCAAAACAUGUUCCAGUGGGUAGUCCUCCAGAUCGCUGAAAUUUAA